CCGUCGCGGAUACCGCCGAUUGGACGAAUGACGCCAGACAGCCUCCCGCCAAAGCUGGCUUUCAAUCGGCUGGAGCUGGCUGUCAAUCAGAUCGCGACUUGGCGUUCCGUUGUUGGAGGGGGUCGGGGAAGAGAGACAUCAGAUGCGCAUACGCAUUUACUCGUUGUCCGUGUGGGGGUGGUCUGUUCAAAAUGGCGGCGCCCUGUCUGAAUCGUUUGGGAAGUUUGGAGUGAAAGUGCCGGUGUCGGAGAGGGAGAAGGACAGAGAGGAAGAUCGUGAGCAGUUCAGUUUGUUGGUCCGCCUUCGUACUCUUUCCCCUUGUUUCUUCGGAUCCUGCUGUAAUUUUUGAGACCGAGCUAGUUAAUUGUUUGUGGGGAAGCGGCUUGAGCUGGACGGUCGGGGAGAGAGGGAGGUUUUCUGUUUGACUGUGGAACCGAGCUUGGUGUAGUUUGAGGCCGGGCCUCAGCACCGCCUUAGGUAAAUGAAGGAAAAUAAGGAAAACUCCACCCCAACAACAGCACUGGCAAAUGCGGACCUCAGGAAGCCAUGCUGGUAUUGGGAUAAAAAGGAUCUGGCCCACACCCCAUCACAACUAGAGGGACUUGAUCCAGCAACAGAGGCACGCUACCGCCGGGAAGGUGCCAGGUUUAUAUUUGAUGUGGGAACACGUUUGGGGCUACAUUAUGAUACACUGGCCACAGGAAUAAUCUAUUUUCAUCGUUUCUACAUGUUUCAUUCUUUCAAGCAAUUUCCGCGAUACGUUACAGGAGCCUGCUGCCUCUUCCUGGCUGGGAAAGUAGAAGAGACUCCUAAAAAGUGUAAAGACAUCAUUAAAACUGCUCGGAGUUUGCUGAAUGAUGUACAGUUUUCACAGUUUGGAGAUGAUCCCAAGGAAGAAGUCAUGGUACUGGAGAGGAUUUUGUUACAGACCAUUAAGUUUGACUUGCAGGUCGAACAUCCCUAUCAGUUCUUGCUUAAGUAUGCUAAACAACUUAAAGUCCAAUUUUCUCUCUCUGCAGGUGACAAAAAUAAACUUCAAAAGCUGGUGCAAAUGGCUUGGACCUUUGUAAAUGACAGCCUGUGCACCAUGCUUUGUCUACAGUGGGAGCCAGAGAUCAUUGCUGUGGCUGUGAUGUACCUAGCUGGUAGGCUGUGCAAAUUUGAAAUCCAGGAGUGGUCAGCAAAGCCCAUUUACAGAAGGUGGUGGGAACAGUUUGUACAGGAUGUGCCUGUGGAACUACUGGAAGACAUCUGUCAUCAGAUACUGGACCUUUAUUCCCAGGGUCAACAACAGAUGCCCCAGGCACCCCAGCCACAACUGCCAACAAUCCCAAGUCUGGAGCAACCGAUACCACCACUGCAGGUGCAGCAGACAAAAAAGCUUUCACCUCAGUCAACACCACCUCGGCAGAUUAAACGGCCUGCAGUGGCUUCUCCAAAGGAAGAUGGCAAGACAAUUGAGCUACAGCCUCCUAAAAUUCCAAAGUUGGAAACCCCACACCCGGUAUUACCACCAACUACCCAUCCUCCUCCAGAACGCAAACCAUCCAUAAGUACAGGGUCAAGCAUCAUAGAAAGUGAACCACCUCCAGCAGGAAAUGCCUCGGAAGUGGCUAAACCUUCUAUUCCACCACCUCUUCAUCCUCCUACUGUACACCAACAGCCACAGAUUCCUCAACGGCCUCCACCCUCUGCUGCUUACAUAAUGGGAAUGUCGACAACAAGCUCCUACAUGUCUGGAGAAGGUUUCCAGAGUCUGCAGUCCAUGAUGAAGACUGAUGGACCCUCAUAUGGAAGCAUGCCAUCUUAUGGACCUCCAACCCAUGUCCCUUACCACCCACAUGUGUACCCCAAUCCAUCUGUGCCUCCUCCCACAAAUUAUCCACCCAACAUCCCCCCUCCUAAUCCAGGAUAUCCCCCGCCAGGGUACAAUCCUACUUACUUGCCGCCUCCUCGGAUUCCCCCAGCACACACUGUGCCACCUCCGCCAGCACUAGGUCUUCCGCCAACCAGCUAUCCUCCCCCCACAGUACCGCCUGGGGGGCAACCUCCUGGACCACCACCGCCACCACCACCAGGCAUGCCACCUGUGGCCGGUCUGAGUCGUGGAGGUUGGUUGAGGUAAUGGAUGUUUGGACUUUGGUAAUUGUCAAGUGUAAGUUGGUUUCUCUCAAGGUUUGGGGUGGCCCUAAAAAAGGUUUAGAUUGUCUUGCGUCCCACGUCGGAGUGAUGUUGCCGAUGCAUAUUGUUCAACUGAUGUUAAUACUUCAGUUUUAUUUUCUAUCAUACGCUGCCAGUUUCUGAGGUGCAGGAAAACUAAGAAGAGUUUUCGUUUUGCACUGAUGCCUCAUCUUUUCUGUUUAGCCACCUUUCUUCCCCCUCUCCAUCCCAGCCAAGUAUGCUCCUGCAACUUGCUGUUUCUGCUGCUCUUGUCUGCAGUUAAAAUGCACCUGCUCUCGAAGCAUCCAAGUGAAAUCAGUUACCAGAAGUUUCAUAAUAUUUUGUAGAAGCUAUCCUCUACUUUACUUUCUGCUGAACAGUUUUUGGCUUGGUAUGUCCCAAUUAGGACUUUUGCUAAUGUUGAUAACUUGGACAGAUCUUGGUUAGUGGAUGAGGUAAAAAAUGAAUUAAAGGAGAGCUGAGAUCCCAGGUUUGUAUUUUGACAUGUGUUGGACCUGUCUUUGACGUGGUUGCUGAUGGGCUGUGGAAGGUAUGAGUCGAAUUGAAUUUGAUUAUGCUGGAGGUCACUACAGAUUUCUAAUCUCUAUUAAAAAGUAACUGCUGUCACUUGAGAGCAAGUAAGAAAGUUUUUCUAAUAUUUGUGUUCUUGCCUAAAAGGCAACAAUAGUAAACAUGUUCUCAGUUUACACUAAUUGGUUAUUCCUCAUCCAUCAGCUCAGACAGACGGUUAAUGGUCAAAGAAUUUAAGCUAGAGAGUUAUCACUCUAGUCUCAUUUGAGACAGCACAUCAUCAAAUAUCGUCAAGGCUUGUUGAGCAGUGACCAGGAACAGGCACACAGUCCCACACAAUAAAUUUUCCUCUUCGUAUUCGAAUGGAGAAUUUGUGAAACCAGUUAUGUGAGCUCUGUCAUGCCUUGAAUUGCAAACAUUGAAUUCACGGAUAUAACUUGAUCAAUACGAGUUGGAUUUUUGGAAUCAUCUGUUGACUCGGCUGGAGUUUAACCCUUGCGUGGCUUCUGUCUUACCCCUACACCUGUUGUAAAAUUAACUCUCUCAUCACUAAUUUCAUUUUUAAAGUAACAAACUCCUGACUGGAGGGAAGGCAUUGGUUUAGACAUGGUAGUUUACGUAUAGUGAGCUGUGGUAAUUCUUGUGUCUUUGUCAUUUAUAUCACCUCUUUCUGUGCCGAGGUAGAGAUUUUGGUUUGCUUCUUCUGAGCUUACCACCCCAGGUGGUGACAGUAACUGUUCUCCCUUGGGGGUUGUCAUACCCAUUCAAAGAUAUCCACACAUCCGGAGUUGCCAAAAUUUCUCUUGCUGUCUCUUACUCUCUAUACACCCCCAGUGCAAGGAAGCUGAAACCAGUUGUUGUACUCUGGUUGUUGUAACAGCUGUGAUUACUGGUACAAUUUGCAUGAGCACUGGCUCUAACUGAAAUCAUCAGGUUACAUUUUCAUUAUAUUACUCUAAUAUGUUUGUAAAAACAACUAGUUGAAGUGUUUUUUUAUGUGGAUUGAUUUCUUACCUUAAAGAGGUGGAAUUGAUCUCUUGUUUAUAUUCCCAGAACUGCUGCUUUUCCAACCUCAAUAUUGUCUUUCGAUGGAAGGACCAGGAAAAAAAAAGUCUGGGCAAUGUAGCCUGGGCCAUGAACUUUGGCUUCUGGUUUGAGAAAACAGGCCUGCACCACUGCUGCAGCAGUCAGGACUGUAUCCUUGGAAAUAAAUGCUUGUGUUCAAAAAGAUAUAAUAGCAUCUGAACUUUACUAACUUCUAAAAGUACAAUACGGCAGUGCAUUGGUUUAUGCUGGUCAAAUUAUUACAGUUCAUUGAUUUAUGCUGAUCGAGUGACUGUUCCAAUCAAUAUCUCAGAUGUACACUGACGUGAUUCAUGCUUUUAGAUCUCAGUUGGAACACUCCACUUGGACGAUUGAGAGUUUUUAAACUGGUCUUUUUUUCCCAUUAGUUUAGAUCCUCUAUUUUUCCAGUUGUCUGUAUAACUUGAGAAUUCUUUGUAAUUUACUCUUUCUCUGUAGGCAAUUUGUCUAUAGGUAGAAUUGUUUAUUUUUCCAAGAAGUGUCAAAGCCUGAAUGUAACACAUGAGAUUGUACUGUGAGCUAGGCAUUGACCAGAGUAUUGUACAUUUAGUGGCUAAUUGCAGCCUAAUAAAUUUGAUAUUGGAGCCAAUUUA